AUGACGGCUCGAGCGCUGGCUGGUUUGCCUCGUGUCGACCGUGUCGAUGUCGCGCGUGGAUUGCAACGAUUGCAAAGCGUGUCCAGACUGCAUUGCUGCGAUAGCACAGAGGUGACCGGUGUCAAAGAGUGUAGCGAGGACCGGACGACAGAGCGGCGCAUCAUGACAACGAUUCCUUCUCGCAUGGCCAAAGUGGCUUCCUCAUCAGGCUCCUGGCCGAUAGCCAAAGCACGAGCCCGCGCACAGUACCGUGAAUGGCACAGAUCUGCGCCAGAGAUUUGCGCCAUCUACGCACUCAACCUCUCGCCUGCUGCGAUCCGUGCCAAAGUCAGGCAGGAAUAUGAGCGGACGAGAUAUGUCGACGAUCUGGAGGCAUUCGAUGUCAUGCUCCACAAGAACUACGCCGAGUUUCAGGAGACGAUCAACUGCUGGAAGAUGGAGAGCCAUAUCAUGCGCUGGUUCGCGAAAGAGGAGCUGCCCGCAAGGCCUGUCACAUUCCGCGAUAAGUUCCUCGCUGGCAGGGACGAGGACCAAGUGCUUGCUGCAUCGUGA